GCCGUUUUUUUCUGUCCAAAUAAAAUUUCGAAACUUGUCGAAAGACAAAAUGAAGAGUAACUAAGAGAAAGAGAGAGCUGAUCUUGUCGAGCUUCCGAAAAGAUUAUUUUGUUGCAGUACUGGCAAGUUCACUGGAGUCCUCUUGAUUACUGAGAAGAAAAACCGCUGCUUCGGUACUGUGUAGACGAGUUGUUUUCAGAUUUACCUUUUGGGGUUGCUUUGGAAUUUUGACUAUUUGUACCAUCUAAAUUCUAAAUAUACAACUGUAGGGUAAUAAGCUUUGGAGGCUUGCUAUUUGGGGAGAAAUUGCGACUACUGCUUUGUGUCCUGUGUGCUUGACCUUUUUUUAUGCUAGCAUAUUUCUCACUUGGGGAUGCUGAAGUAGGAAAUUAGCGAAUGCUUAUUUCCUGUUUCAAAAUCCCUGUCUGAGAAACUUGACUUCUCUGUGCUAUCUAGAUGGUUAGCAAUGGCAUUCACAAGCAAUACUGUGAUUAGCUACAUUUUGGACUGCGCUGUCCAAAUAUGGUUUUCAUAUGAUCUUCAUGGUAGUCUAACGGCUGUUGUUUUUCCUCAAUGAAACUGAGUUAGAUGGAUAGAAAGCCCAGCAAAGGGAUAAUGGAGCAAUCCAAAAGUUAUCAUCAGUUACGAUACAAUUCCACAGAAGCGAGGAAUGAGGAAGUUGGCAGUACAAAUCAAAGGCUUAUGCAGGAUCCUUCAAGCUCAAUUAAUACAAACACACGACCUCCAGAAUUCACCAUAUCAGGUGGACCCAAACCUGUACUGAAUUACUCCAUUCAAACAGGCGAGGAGUUUGCGCUUGAAUUUAUGCGAGAACGGGUGAAUCCUCAAAGACAAUUCAUUCCUAAUACUACCAGUGAUAUGAACAGUGCAACAGGGUAUAUGGAUCUGAAAGGCAUCCUGGGCAUGAGUCAUACAGGAUCGGAAAGUGGGUCAGAUAUUUCAACGCUUGGUACUGUAGAGAAAGGUCCAGUUAAAGAGUUUGAGAGGAAGGACUCAUCAGGAAAUGAAAGAAAAGGUUAUUAUGAUUCUGUGCGAUCAGUACCACGUACAACAUCAGGAAAUGGUAGUAAUCGAGGAGCUCAUGGGUAUUCUUCUUCAGGGGCCUCUGAUAGCUCGUCAACAAAGAUGAAAUUUCUCUGCAGUUUUGGUGGUAAAAUCCUACCCCGGCCUAGUGAUGGAAAGCUCAGGUAUGUGGGAGGUGAAACACGUAUUGUUCGGAUAAGCAAAGACAUUUCUUGGCAGGAGCUUAUGCAGAAAACGUUGACAAUCUACAACCAACCUCAUACAAUUAAGUAUCAACUUCCUGGGGAGGAUCUGGAUGCCUUGGUCUCUGUCUCUUGUGAUGAGGAUCUGCAGAAUAUGAUUGAGGAAUGUAAUGUAAUAGAAGAUGCAGAAAGAUCACAGAAACUUAGGAUGUUUUUGUUUUCUGAUACGGAUUUCAAUGACCCCCAUUUCAGUCUGGGUAGCAUGGAAGGGGAUCCUGAAAUUCAGUAUGUUGUUGCUGUAAAUGGCAUGGAUGUAGGCUCAAAAAGGAACUCAGGUGGGGAUGUUUUACCAAGCACUUCAGCAAAUAACUUGGAUGAAUUAUUAAAUCUUGAUUUUGGAAAAGAGACAAGUAGGGUUGCAACAGAGUCAGCUGGGGCUAGCAUUUAUCCUUUGACAGAUAUUCUUGUCCCUCCUCCUGUUACUCAGUCUUCUCAGCGGAUCCCAUUAAGUUCAUCUGGUGCUUAUGACACCCAUGUGCAGUCUUAUGAGGGUCAGAUGAUGCAUCAUCGAGAAGCUGAGCAGUAUCCAUUCUCUGCUACCCACCCACUGGAAAACUUCCAUGAUCUGGAUGGGAGGAGUGCUGCUCCCACAUCUGUGCCAAUGCAAUAUGGCUUUGGUUCUCAUCCUUCUAAUCAUGCACCAUUUUUAGAAAGUCCAGUUCCUAUGCCCCUCCAAGGGCUUCUAACACAGCAAGGAGGCUUGACUGGAGGGAAGCCAUAUGGUGGCUUCAUGGGACAGGAUCCGGAGGUGUCAGUAAAUGUUGCUAAGAUGAAAGCUGAUGGUUCAGUCCAGCAGACGAGUGAAGCUGAACAAACUCAAUAUUUAGAAAAUGAACAUGUUGUUUCUUUACAGCCGUGUGAUGCGUCUGUUCCAAAUUAUAUUCCGGCUGAAGAAGCAUCAUUUGCCACCUCGGUGCCAGAGAAAGUAGCAUCAUCUUUGUCUUCAAAAAGUAAUGCAAAGCUGAAGGAUCCUGUGCAGAGCCCAAUGCCUCCUGAUGCUGGGAAGGCUACAUACACUAUGAAGUCUAACGAAGAUGACCAUUACCACACAUCUGGUGGAGCAUAUACUGCUGGAUAUACUGAAUCCGAGGGUGAUAAAUCUGAAUAUGGCUAUCCUGAGCCAAAUGUGCUUCCUGAGAGGAACGAGAGGAUCUUUCGUUCGGAGAGGAUUCCUAUGAGGGAGCAAGCGGAAUUACUGAACCGGUUAUCAAAGUCUGAUGAUUCCUUUGGUUCUCAGUUUGUGAUGUCUCAUGCACGGUCUGAUUUGGCACAACAGGAUUCAGUCACAGAAAGCAGUGAUAAAUUACACGGAGGAAAUGUGGCUUCCCAGACAGAGCAGACAAUAUCAUCAGCAAAACCAACCUAUGCAAACUCUCCAACAAUUGAAGAUGGACUGGUGCAAUUUGCGAAGUACAAAGAGUUAGCUGAUGUGAUCAGUCAAAUGAAACCCAACUUUUCUGAAGAGGGGUUGGACUCCAAGUUUCAUAAAUCUGAAUCAAUCGAUGCAUUACUUAACCCUAUUGAUGAUAAAGAUACUAAGAAUGAGGAUGCACUACACCAUGAGACUGAUAAGAGUAGACCCCAAAAAGAACCAUCUGAAAACCAAGAUACUUCUCUUGAGCACCAAGAAGAAUCUUUGUCUAGUCAUUUGGAAGAGAUGGCUUCCAAGGCUGCCGAUAGUAACCACCCUAUGGGGAACAUGCAUCCUUAUCCAUGGAUAGGUACCUCAGCUAGACCUGUUUCUCGAGAGGAACCCUCUGUUGGGGUUUCUAGACCAGAGCAUGGGGAUAUUCUUAUUGAUAUCAAUGAUCGAUUCCCUCGUGAUUUUCUUUCUGAUAUAUUUUCUAGGGCAAGACUUGCAGAGGAUUCCUCCGGUAUUAAUCCUUUACCCAAUGAUGGAACUGGUUUAAGCUUGAACAUGGAGAACCAUGAACCUCAGCAUUGGUCAUUCUUUCAAAAAUUGGCACAAGAUGAGUUUGUUAAGAAAGAUGUUUCUCUCAUGGACCAAGACCAUCUUGGUUUUUCAUCCCCUCUUACAAAAAUUGAUUUGGGCCAUGUGGAUUCUCAAAUCAAUUGUAAUGAACUUCCGUUAGAGUCAACUGGUCCUGUUGAAGCUGAUACCAUCAGUUCUCAUCCAGUUUACGUUUGCACUCAGGUCAAUGGAAGUGAAGUUGUACAGUUUGAUGGUAUGUCCUAUCCAAAAGUGGGUGAGAACCUGAGAACACCAGAUUCAGAUUAUGAGGAUGGGAAGUUAGCAAUGGGAAAUAUUAGUGGACCGCUGAUUGACUCCUCUUUGGAAGAUUUUGAUAUUAGUACUUUACAGAUUAUAAAGAAUGAAGAUCUUGAAGAACUGAGGGAGCUUGGUUCUGGUACAUUUGGUACUGUCUAUCAUGGAAAAUGGAGAGGGACAGAUGUUGCAAUUAAGCGAAUAAAGAAGAGCUGCUUCACAGGUCGAUCAUCUGAACAAGAGAGAUUGACUGUGGAGUUCUGGCGAGAAGCUGAUAUUCUCUCAAAGCUUCACCAUCCGAAUGUCGUGGCAUUUUAUGGUGUAGUUCAAGAUGGACCAGGGGCAACAUUAGCAACAGUGACAGAGUUCAUGGUCAAUGGUUCUCUUAGGCAUGUUUUACUUCGCAAGGACAGGUAUCUUGAUCGCCGUAAGAAACUUAUUAUUGCAAUGGAUGCAGCUUUUGGAAUGGAAUAUUUGCAUUCUAAGAAUAUUGUGCAUUUCGAUUUGAAAUGCGAUAAUUUACUGGUGAACCUCAAAGAUCCAAUACGACCCAUUUGCAAGGUAGGUGAUUUUGGCUUGUCAAAGAUUAAGAGAAAUACCUUGGUUUCUGGUGGUGUAAGGGGAACCCUACCAUGGAUGGCUCCAGAGCUAUUGAAUGGCAGUAGUAGUAAAGUUUCUGAGAAGGUUGAUGUAUUCUCAUUUGGAAUUGUCUUGUGGGAGAUACUCACAGGUGAGGAGCCUUACGCAAAUAUGCACUAUGGUGCAAUUAUAGGAGGUAUUGUGAAUAACACAUUGAGGCCACCUGUGCCAAGCUACUGUGACCCUGAAUGGAGAAGGUUGAUGGAGCAGUGCUGGGCCCCUGAUCCUGUGGUUCGUCCAUCAUUCACAGAAAUAGCAAGUCGACUACGUGUGAUGUCAGCGGUGAGUCAAAGCAAACCACCGGGUUAUCAGGCACAAAUGCAGGCAGCCAAGUAAUGGUCUGUAGAUCUGCUCAUUUCUGAUCCUUCUGCCAUGAAUUAUUACAACAGAGUUCUUGCUUGAUUGUAUGUGGAGAUUAUAGUAAAUUUCGUAUGUAUCAUAAAUGGGGAGAAUUGUCUCUGAAGUAAAUAUUGUGUGUUCAAAAUGUGUUCGUGUUA